ACAACAUUCCACUCUGCUGAAUUUCUAACUCAUUCAUGGCCUCAACAGCUGAACCAUUUUCUUAUAGCUCAAGAAGAAGAGAUGAUUCAGAGUUUAAUUUAACAGAAUGGGCAGUGAAAGGUAGAAUCAAUCGAGAGAACACCAACUCCAGAAGGUACUCAGGAUCUUAUAUGAGAAGCUUUAGAGAAGACACAAGGUCUUUUAGAUCAAACAUAACCAUUUCUAGCACUGUCUCUUCACCUGGAUACCACUUAAAAGAUGAAAUAGACCCUUCAACAUAUUCUUUCACUACUGCUCUUAAAGCAUUGCAAGCAAGGGCAGGCUAUAACAGUUGGGAAUGCUUGUCACCAGAUGGGUUUGCUUUAAAUUCCAAAUGGAAUGAAGCAGAAAGGUAUAUAUGCAACCCUCUCUCUGGAGAGGUACCAUUGGAAUGUUUAUCUGCAAAAACUCUUAGUGGAAGAUCAUUUAGAAACUCAUCGAACAGAAUUACCAUGUCAGCACCUCUAGUUUAUUCUUCAAGAUACAUACAAACAAAGCCAGCAACUAACACACAAGAAGAUGUGUUACUUCACAAUUCUACUUUGCCUCUCUAUGCAGAAAAGAAGAAAGAGGGAAUGACAAGAGAUGUGGGUACUCAAAGUACACCCCAAUACCUUAGUUCAAGCAGUCCUAGCCCUGCUUCAACUCCGUCCAUCAUAGAAAGAUCAAAAACUAGAGCUGUUGACUCACCUAAUUCAAAUGCCAAAACAAAAUCUGAGGAAGAGGUGGAAGUGAAAGAUAAAGAAAGAUGGGCGACAAAGGAAAUAGAAAGAGAAAAGAAGGAAGAGGGGCAACUUUGCAACCAAGGAGGGUGCUUUUCAUGGAUGAGAAAGAAAAGGCAAAGAAAGAGAAAGAAAGACAAAGAGGGAAUAACAUCUUUCUCACUCACUUCAAAGGUGGCUAAAGAUAAAGAGGCUGAAAAUAUGAUAAAGGGUGUACGUGCAUGA